CUGCAGAUGCCCCAGCUCUUGGCCAAUGCCGCCUCAGGCUGUUAUCAGCAACGGGUGCCUGCGUCCUGCUGCCCAGCACGUCCGGUGGUCCAGAGUCACUGGAAUGCAGCAUGGGAGGCGGGGCUGGGGACCUUAGCUAAGGGCAGGUCUGGGGCAACAUGAUACGGCCCACAGGGCUGCUGAGAGGUAACCAGGUGUCCUCAGCAUAUUCUGCCGAUGGUGGGGUCCACACCACACUUUGGGGACUCCUGUGCAGGCAGCCCAGGACCAGGUGGACGUGGGGACCCAGACGGACGUGGGGACCCAGACGGACAGGGCCCGGUAACCUGGAUUGUUCUGGCUUCCUGGACGUCUUUGCCCCCAGGGUUUCGGUUCUGGGCCUCAGUUUCCCCAGCUGUCCUCGACCUGACCCACUUCACGGGGCUGCAGGGUGGGUGAUGGGGGUGACCCCUGCUGGGGCCCGGCCACACCCUAGGGUCUGCAGGAGAGGCGGUGGAGCGGGGGCUUGCCUUCAGGGAAAAGGGGGCUGCAGGGGCGCAGCUUCGGCCUGUGCGUGUGUCUGGGGUCUGAGGGCGAGGCUCCAGGAGCUUGGUGGCAUCUGAGCGCGUGUGGAGGUCCGGGUCUCUGCGUGUCAUCGUGCACGUGUCUGUGCACGCCCACUCGCGUCCGGGAGUGAGGGUCAGCGCCCUGCAGUCGGCCGCCCCGUGCAGGCAGCGUCAGGCAGGGGCUCCCGGUCCCACCCCGCGAGCGGCGCGGCUCCGAGCUCCCGAAAGCGGAAGCGGGGGGCGCGGCCCGGGGCUGGGGGCGGGGCCUGCGACCUCACCUUGGCGCCCACUCCGCAGAGCCGCAGGCUGAGGCCGGGAAGGGUCGGGGGCGAGGCCGCGUCGCCGCCUCCCCGAAGCCUUUUCCUGUUGGGGGGAGGGCCCGCCAGUGACGGCCGGGCCUGUCACGUGGGCCUGACAGCUGGGGAGGGGGUGGCCGGCGACAAUGUGGUCCCGAAGCGGCCAGCGCCGGGAGCUGCAGCGCUGAGACCCCCCAGCCCGCCUGACCCAGCCCGCCCCCUCGGGCUCCCGGCCGGGGCCCCAUCAUGUUCUCCAGGAAGAAACGAGAGCUCAUGAAAACCCCUUCCAUCUCGAAAAAGAACCGCGCGGGAAGCCCCAGCCCGCAGCCCUCGGGGGAGCUGCCCAGGAAGGAUGGGGCUGACGCGGUGUUCCCUGGACCAAGCCUGGAGCCGCCUGCUGGGUCCUCCGGCAUCAAGGCCACAGGGACCCUCAAGCGGCCCACCAGCCUGAGCCGCCACGCCAGCGCGGCUGGCUUCCCCCUGUCGGGUGCUGCCUCCUGGACACUGGGCCGGAGCCACCGGAGCCCACUGACAGCCGCCAGCCCGGGCGAGCUGUCCACCGAGGGUGCCGGCCCGGACGUCGUGGAGGACAUCUCCCAUCUGCUGGCGGACGUGGCCCGCUUCGCUGAGGGCCUUGAGAAACUUAAGGAGUGUGUGUUGCGUGACGACCUCCUUGAGGCCCGCCGCCCGCGGGCCCACGAGUGCCUGGGUGAGGCUCUGCGUGUCAUGCAUCAGAUCAUCUCCAAGUACCCGCUGCUGAACACCGUGGAGACGCUCACCGCAGCCGGCACCCUCAUUGCCAAGGUCAAAGCCUUCCAUUAUGAGAGCAACAAUGACCUGGAGAAACAGGAGUUUGAGAAGGCCCUGGAGACGAUUGCUGUGGCCUUCAGUAGCACAGUGUCCGAGUUCCUCAUGGGUGAAGUGGACAGCAGCACCCUCCUAGCAGUGCCUCCUGGGGACUCGAGCCAGUCCAUGGAAAGCCUGUAUGGACCGGGCAGUGAGGGCACCCCUCCCAGCCUGGAUGACUGUGACGCCGGCUGCCUGCCCGCCGAGGAGGUGGACGUGCUGCUACAGCGCUGUGAGGGGGGCGUGGAUGCCGCACUGCUGUAUGCCAAGAACAUGGCCAAGUACAUGAAGGACCUCAUCAGCUACCUGGAGAAGCGGACGACGCUGGAGAUGGAGUUUGCUAAGGGCCUGCAGAAGAUCGCUCACAACUGCAGACAGAGCGUCAUGCAGGAGCCCCACAUGCCGCUCCUGUCCAUCUACUCGCUGGCCCUGGAGCAGGACCUGGAGUUCGGCCACGGCAUGGUGCAGGCGGUGGGCACCUUGCAGACCCAGACCUUCAUGCAGCCCCUGACCCUGCGGCGGCUGGAACACGAGAAGCGCAGGAAGGAGAUCAAGGAGGCCUGGCACCGCGCCCAGAGGAAGCUGCAAGAGGCGGAGUCCAACCUGCGCAAGGCCAAGCAGGGUUACACGCAGCGCUGCGAGGACCACGACAAGGCUCGCUUCCUCGUGGCCAAGGCGGAGGAGGAGCAGGCUGGCACCGCGCUGGGAGCAGGCAGCACGGCCACCAAGACCCUGGACAAGCGGCGGCGGCUGGAGGAGGAGGCCAAGAACAAGGCGGAGGAAGCUAUGGCCACCUACCGCACCUGCGUGGCCGACGCGAAGACGCAGAAGCAGGAGCUGGAGGAUACCAAGGUGACGGCGCUGCGGCAGAUCCAGGAGGUCAUCCGGCAGAGCGACCAAACCAUCAAGUCGGCCACGAUCUCCUACUACCAGAUGAUGCAUAUGCAGACGGCGCCGCUGCCCGUGCACUUCCAGAUGCUGUGUGAGAGCAGCAAGCUGUAUGACCCAGGCCAGCAGUACGCCUCCCACGUGCGCCAGCUGCAGCGGGACCAGGAGCCCGAUGUGCACUACGACUUUGAGCCCCACGUCUCCGCCAACGCCUGGUCCCCCGUCAUGCGUGCCCGGAAGAGCAGCUUCAACGUGAGUGAUGUGGCGCGGCCCGAGGCUGCCGGGAGCCCCCCAGAAGAAGGCGGGUGCACUGAGGGCACACCUGCCAAGGACCACAGGGCCGGGCGAGGACACCAGGUUCACAAGUCAUGGCCGCUCUCGAUCUCAGACUCGGACAGUGGGCUGGACCCCGGCCCUGGCGCAGGGGACUUUAAGAAGUUCGAGCGGACGUCAUCCAGUGGUACCAUGUCGUCCACGGAGGAGCUGGUGGACCCAGACGGUGGAGCCGGGGCUUCAGCCUUUGAGCAGGCUGACCUCAACGGCAUGACCCCUGAGCUGCCGGUGGCCGUGCCCAGUGGACCGUUCCGCCACGAGGGGCUGUCCAAGGCGGCCCGUACUCACCGGCUCCGGAAGCUCCGCACGCCCGCCAAGUGCCGCGAGUGCAACAGCUACGUCUACUUCCAGGGUGCUGAGUGUGAAGAGUGCUGCCUGGCCUGCCACAAGAAAUGUCUGGAGACGCUGGCCAUACAGUGCGGGCACAAGAAGCUGCAGGGCCGCCUGCAGCUGUUCGGCCAGGACUUCAGCCACGCGGCCCGCAGCGCCCCCGACGGCGUGCCCUUCAUCGUCAAGAAGUGCGUCUGCGAGAUCGAGCGGCGGGCGCUGCGCACCAAGGGCAUCUACCGGGUCAAUGGGGUAAAGACGCGUGUGGAGAAGUUGUGCCAGGCCUUCGAGAACGGCAAGGAGCUGGUCGAGCUGUCGCAGGCCUCGCCCCACGACAUCAGCAACGUCCUCAAGCUCUACCUGCGUCAGCUUCCCGAGCCGCUCAUCUCCUUCCGCCUCUACCACGAGCUCGUAGGGCUGGCCAAGGACAGCCUGAAGGCAGAGGCCGAGGCCAAGGCGGCGUCCCGGGGCCGGCAGGACGGCUCCGAGAGCGAGGCAGUGGCGGUGGCCAUGGCAGGUCGGCUGCGGGAGCUCCUGCGGGACCUGCCGCCUGAGAACCGGGCCUCGCUGCAGUACCUGCUGCGCCACCUACGCAGGAUCGUGGAGGUGGAGCAGGACAACAAGAUGACCCCCGGGAACCUGGGCAUCGUGUUCGGGCCCACGCUGCUUCGGCCACGGCCCACCGAGGCCACCGUGUCCCUCUCCUCCCUGGUGGAUUAUCCCCACCAGGCCCGCGUCAUCGAGACUCUCAUCGUCCACUACGGCCUGGUCUUCGAGGAGGAGCCGGAGGAGACCCCCGGGGGCCAGGACGAGUCAUCCAACCAGCGAGCGGAGGUAGUCGUCCAGGUGCCGUACCUGGAGGCGGGCGAGGCAGUGGUCUACCCCCUGCAGGAGGCGGCGGAGGACGGGUGCAGAGAAUCCCGAGUUGUGUCCAACGAUUCGGACUCGGACCUAGAGGAGGCCUCCGAGCUGCUGUCCUCAUCGGAGGCCAGUGCCCUGCGCCGCCUCAGCUUCCUGGAGCAGCAGCAGAGCGAGGCCAGCCUAGAGGCGGCUUCUGGCAGCCACAGCGGCAGUGAGGAGCAGCUGGAGGCCACAGCCCGGGAGGACGGAGACCGGGACGAGGACGGCCCGGCCCAGCAGCUCUCAGGAUUCAACACCAACCAGUCCAACAACGUGCUGCAGACCCCACUGCCCCCCGUGAGGCUCCGUGGCGGGCGGAUGACGCUGGGCUCCUGCAGGCAGAGGCAGCCGGAAUUCGUGUGAGCUGGGGUGGGGCAGGGACCACAGGUGGCUUCUCUCUUGCCUGCUCCUGUCCCUCCAGCACAUCCCCUGCACCACGGCAUAGCUUAGGUGCGCCGUCCUGGGGUCGCUGCCGAGAGCGCCUGGACUUCAACGUCCCACCGGCGGGCGCCUCCUCCCAGAGGCUUCCAGGAGCACGAGGGCCUUGCGGCACAGGACUGUGCCCUGUGCUCUCCCCUGCACCCUGGCUCAGCUGAGCUGGGGAACACUGCUGUCGUGUGACGUCGCAGUGGCCUUGUUGGUGCCCACAGAGCUGUGUGGAUGGAGGAAGCUGUCCCUGCCCAGUGCAUCCCCCGGGUCAUCACAGGGACGCAGGAGGCAGGCCCUGCCCCGCCCUCUCCUCACAGGUCUGUUGCAGGGACUCCAGAAACCAUUCUGGGAGCCGUGGAUGGGGGCGGAGCUGGGGUUUGGUGCAGUUUCCAGGGUGCAGUACAGCAGGGCCUGAAUACUGGACCUGGACUCCCUUUUCUGGAACACCAGGUGUGGCCACCUGGGGCUCAGGUACACAGUGGGGUCUCUCAGAAGCCACCGUGUAGUUCACAGGCACGUUUAUUUUGCUGAAAUAAAAAGUUUUUAAUCGG